AACUAAAGGGAGUUGAAGUGGAAUUUAACAGCUUUUAUAAACACGGAUUUUUCGGAGUGGAUCAGAUCGAGACGAUUGAUACGUAGGUCUGCAGCAGACUCGACGACGCAAAGAUUCUGCAACUCCAUUCCCGCCCUUUGCGUUCAAGGUCAACUAUCAUCAAGGAAUUUCAAUUCCCUUAGUUCCUAAUUCAGUAAAUCAAAUUAAGACCCUAGUUUCUUUCAAAUCCUCGGAGUUGUUUGUUAUAUGGAUUUGGAUCUUUUCAAGAAGAGCUUGGAUUCGGAUAUCGUGAAGAAGAGUUUGGAUUACACUCGAAAGAGAAAGAAAUGGAUUCUUCUCAUCGGAGCGUUAGGGCUUUCAAGUUACGGAGCGUUUAGGGUUUACAACUCACCUUCUGUGGUGAAGAAGAGGGAGAGAUUCGCAAAGGUUUUAGGCUCGUUAGCUUCAAUCGCUGAAUUACUUGGUGAUUCCGCAGAGACAAUAGGAGUCGUUUCAAAGGACUUGAAAGAGUUCAUACAAUCUGAUUCAGACGAAAUCCCAAACAGUCUGAAGCAAUUGUCGAAAAUCACAAGAUCCGAUGAAGUUUCAGAAUCUAUCAUUACUGUUACAAGAGCUUUAACUGUGGGAAUCUUGCGAGGCUACAAAGUUGGGGAAAGAAAAUCCGAUCCAGGUAACAGUUUUUCAGACAGAGCUUUAGAUAAACUCUUUUCUCCUUCUGGAUCUGGUUUCGCCUCCAUUGUUGUUGGAAGUUUCGCUAAGAACAUGGUGAUGGCAAUUUACACCGGAAAUGGAAACGAAUCAAACACCUCAGGAAUCUCAGAAACUUCAACCUCUAUCCAGAAAUUUGUAGAUGUAAUAGCAGAAGAGAAAUGCAAGAAACUAAUCGGCGAUUGCAUCCAACAAUUCGUAAGCACAUUAGUCACAGUUUACCUCGAUAAAACCAUGGAUGUAAACCCAUACGAACAAAUCCUCUCAGGUUUCACAAACCCCAAACACGAAGAAAAAGCAAGAGACCUCUUAACUUCCUUCACCAAUGGAGCAAUCGAGACUCUCGUAAGAACAUCCCACCAAGUGAUUACAAAUCCAGAUGCAAAAGGAAAAGAACUUGUUUUAAACGGAAUCAAACCAAGAAAAAGUCAAAUCAAUUCAGGUUUUGUUCACAAAAUCUCUUCAACUUUAGCAGUUCCUAGCAACAGAAAGCUUGUUCUUGAUGUAACUGGGCGUGUGACAUUUGCAACUGUAAGAUCUUUCUUGGAGUUUUUCUUGGAUCAAUUAUCAUCAGGUAUGAAAAGAAAAGUUGAUGGAGUUCAUGAUGACGCCAUUGAUAAAGGGCGUGAAGUUUACAGGUAUGUGAGUACAAAAUCAUAUACUGUUAUGACUAUUUGUCUUUCUGUGUGGUUGCAUGUGUUAAGUAGUCCAUGGAGUUUUUCAUCUACAUAAUUGUGAUAUGAAAUGAUGAAAAAUGAAAUUCUUUAGCUUGGAUUUAAUCAAUUUAUACGAGAUACAAUACAUGAUUAUAUGUAUAUAUUUGGAACAGAAUGUACUCAUUCUAUAUAAUGUAGUGAUUUUAUCUUGA